AUGUCUUCUGGAAACAACUGUCAACUUCAGACAUUCACCAAACCGGCACUUGGUGAAAAAGAAGCGAUGGAAUUGGUUGACAGGGUGUUUGGAUUAAAGGUGUCUUGGAUCGGGCCACUCCCCAGCUACGACGAUCAGAAUUUCCACGUGCGCGUUUCAAGAAACAAAGGUGCGGCUGAAGGCGCUGAUGAGUAUGUGCUCAAAAUCACCAAUUCGGAAGACAGCCAGGAGCCUGACCUCAUUGAAGCACAGACCCAGGCCAUGAUGUUUCUCAGCGCUGAAGGCUUUCCUUCAGCUACCCCUUGUCUUACAAGAGAUGGUAACAUCAUGUCUCUGGAGUCAGUAGGUACUGGACCUGGGAACAAAAAGUACAUGGUCAGACUGCUGACCUACCUGCCAGGCAAGCCGGUAGCAAAAAUUACUACAAAUGCUCAGAUUUUCUAUGAGGUCGGUAAGCUGGCUGCCAGUUUGGAUAAAGCUCUCUCAGAGAAAUUCCAUCAUCCAUCAGUAAAAAGUCUGCAUCGUGGUCAGUUCAUUUGGAACCUGGCAAACGUUCCCCUUCUAGAUCAGUACAUUUAUGCCUUGGGCCAGAACAAAUACCGUGAAGUUGUGGAAAAAGUUAUUGAGCAGUUUAAAGGGGAAGUAAUACCCAAGCUAAGCAGUUUUCGAGCCUGUAUCAAUCACGGAGAUCUUAAUGACCACAACAUUCUAGUAGACUGCAGUUCUGCUUCCCUGGAGAAUCCUCAGUACAGGGUGUCUGGCAUCCUGGAUUUUGGUGACAUGAGUUACGGUUACUAUGUAUUUGAAGUGGCAAUAGCCAUCAUGUACAUGAUGAUCGAGAGCCCCGAUCCUCUGAGUGUUGGAGGGCAUGUUCUGGCGGGGUUUGAGAGCGUCCUGCCCCUCACAGAGGAGGAGAGGGGUGCCCUCUUUCUCUUGGUGAGCGGGAGGUUUUCCCAGUCCCUCGUCAUAGCAGCCCACACGGCUCUGCUGUACCCAGAGAAUAAGGAAUACCUCAUGAUCACGGCCAAAACUGGAUGGAAACACUUAAUGACAAUGUUUGAGAUGGGCCAAGAAGCUGUAGAGAGGACAUGGUUUGAGACUGCCCAAGCAUAUACCGACCGCGCGCCCGCCCAGUAG